AUGAGAACCAUUGAGGAGACCAGAAAGAGAUGGGACACCCUGUUCUCCGACAAUGAAACGACUUCCGAUCUCCGAGCGGCGUUGCACUCCGAGCAAGGAGGAACCCUGUGCAAUGACGGACUGAGAUCGGUUUGCUGGAAGGCAUUUCUACUCUUCGACGGGUUGGAUAAAACCGAAUGGGCGCCUAAACUCGACGAAUCCCGGGAUGCUUAUCGUGCGCUGCGAGAUCAUUUCUUGAAAUACAUCGAACACCCAGACGAUUUAGAGUCGACUGUUGAUCCGCUGGCGGAUGAUGAGCAGUCCCCUUGGCAAACACUCCGACACGAUGAGACGCUGCGUACCGAGAUCCUACAAGAUGUCGAUCGAUGCUUGCAGGAAAACUUCUUUUUCCAAGAGCCCGACACGAAAUCAAAGUUGACUGAUAUCCUGUUCGUCUACUCGAAGCUUAAUCCGGACGUCGGCUAUAGACAAGGAAUGCACGAAUUGCUCGCGCCUAUUCUCUGGGCAGUAGACCGAGACUCGGUGAAGCCACACCCCGGAGGACUUAAUGGGAACAAGGACAAAAGUGAGGGUUUGAUGUUAAAGCUUCUUGAUGCGCAAUAUGUGGAACAUGAUUCAUUUACGCUGUUUCUAUCUGUCAUGCAGACGGCCCGCAUAUACUAUGAACACGGCGAGACACGGUCGGCAAAUGGCCAGAUGGAUGUCAUUCCGAUAGUUGAUCGGUGUCAUUAUCUCCAUAAGGAAGCUUUGGCGAUUAUCGAUCAUGAGCUCUCUGAGCACCUGGAAGCUGUGGACGUAUUGCCCCAAAUUUUCCUAACCCGCUGGAUGCGCCUUCUGUUUGGGCGAGAAGUUCCAUUUGACGAUGUCCUGAUGAUGUGGGAUCUACUGUUUGCUCAUGGACUACGGUCUGAUCUUGUUGAUUUCACGUGCAUUGCAAUGCUGCUCAGAAUUCGUUGGCAAUUGCUUACGGCCGACUAUACAACCGCCUUAACAUUAUUACUUCGCUACCCUUCGCCUCAACCACACACACCUCAGACUUUUGUGCUUGAUGCACUCUAUUUGGAACAGAACCCUACCGCCGAUCGAGGCAGUUUCAUCAUAUCGAAAUAUUCAGGUAGACCAUCCGAUUCCAAAAUUCGCAACCAAACUAGUACACGGCCCACGAGGAAGGCCUUCCUUUGGGAAGACUUUAAGAGACGCAGUGAAAGCAACUCACCUGCUAGAUCACCAACCCGAAACAGCCCCAAAAGUCUUGAAUCUCUUUUCCAAGACGUCUCCCAGGGAAUUCAACGCCGGACGGAGACCUGGGGCGUAGCCAAAGCUGUUCGAGGCGCCGUGACAGAAGCCAGGAAAAAUAUGCAAACAAUGCAUUUUGAACCAAAUAUGCGUCCUGGCUCUUCGAGGCCUAUUUCCGCAGCAUCGGCAUCGGACAUACAAACCAAAGCGCCCAUGGCGACUCCGGCGGCCUUGGCCAGGCUGGAAACGAAGAUCAAUCUACUCGAGGAAAGGAACCAAGCUUUGGCGACGAUUUUGCGCGAGGCACUGGAUGAUCUUGGCUCGCAGCUGGCAAAUAACAAGGACCUCGAUUCUGAUACAAACAGCGCAGUGAAGCAGGCCUUGGUGAAAGCUGAGAGUGUCCAGGUCUGCCUCGGAGACUCUUCCAUACCAGUAGAUCCCCCUCUUGACCCCCGUGUAGAUGGUGCAUUGAACCAACCGGACGAGCUACAAGAGACAGUCACCUCCACAGUGGGCAAAGCAGAAGGCAACAUUGUGGCGAACGAGGAUCAAUCCCGAACAAUAAAUGCCGCCAAAGCGGAUACAACCGGGCCGAAAGCCGAGAGUGGAACCAAUUCUAUCCUAGAUACGACAAGUCGGACGAACAGUGACAGGAAGACCGAAAGUGCGCGGGCAAGCCCCUCGCGACCAACUGUGCGACCUUCUAUGACGGAUUCGGGAUUUUCAUGGAUGCUUGGCGGUGGUCGGAACCUGUCGGGCUUUGUUAGCUCGACAUCGCCGCCGCCGGAGCAGACUCGACAUCUAGAUCAAAGCCGAGGGAAACCCAAACCCAAUGCCUUGUUCGGAUUGAGCGGAGAUGAAAAUCCAGGGACCGAUUCUGAACAUAGUGAAUUGGCGCUGUACAGCCUUCGGGGCUCUCGGGACCCUCUGUCAGGGACCGGCCCACCAUGA